CACUAGAAUUUUAAAAAUGGCUGCGCACAUCGUGCGCACUGGUCUCUGUAGCUGUGUUCGCCUUCAAGCGGCUCUCGCAAGCUCGGUGAAUUCCCGAUGUCUCGCGACGUCGCCAGCCCUCUUGGUUCGAGGAACGAAGCUAAGCGUGGAACGAGAGGACCGCCAGGACGAACAGUGUGCAGACGAUGACUUCUACGGCAUCUCGAGCGACCGCGGCGUCGUCACAGUCGACAACCCGCUCAGCGACCGGCACGAAAGACUCCGCCGCUUCGCGCACCUGACUCGCAGUCGAAAUGCGAAAGUCUCAGACGAAAACGUUUUAGUGGCCAGUUAUGGCACGAUUCGCUACGACAGUGACAACAGAGCGCGGUACCACGGUCAGUUCGAGGACGACACACUGUUGGACGACUUCGUCUUGGGUACGUACGAGGGGAACGCCGACGGCGAACUGAAAGGCAGUCGGGCGGCUCCCGUUAAGAGUUCGAAUGAAUCGGAGCUGCAGAAGCAGCAAGAAGGACGCGUUUCACCUAAGAAUGCAGCGAGAAAGAAAAAAUCUAUUGACAGCGCCGACACUGCGAUACCGGUUGCCUCUGAGCGGCCAGACUUUAAUUUGGCGAACACAACGGCGAAGUCGUCGCAAGGAGCUGCACGUCCGUCUCAUCCGCGAUUUUCGCCCGUUGACGAUCGACGUGUGGCCGAGAAGUCCAUUUCCAAGUCUGAAGGAGUAGUGUCCAGGAGAGAAUCGCUCGAAACCUUAGGCGAAGCACGCAGCACUGAACAGAAUAAUAAUAUGCAGGAUAGUGACCGCCUGGAAAGCGUUGUAGGAAGGCUCUCGCCUGCCGAAGAUACUGCAGAGCAAAGGCCUAGAAGCGCAAAACAGUUUUCGGAGCGGGGCGACGAAGGGUUGAGCAACAGGGGCGUCUCAUCACCUGCUACAAGCUCUUCAGAGAGCUUUGUAACGUCUGUAAGGACAGGCGAGGGCUUAAAUAAGUCGGUGUCUGAAACUAGAGCGAGAAAAGCGGGGUCAAAGGACAGGCGCGUAAGUGAUGACACAAGAAAGGCGGAAGACGCCUUCCGAAACGCUGCUUUUGAGCUCCGUCAGGAACCGUUGACUGUCACCAAGGAAAGUUUUGAUGCCUCCCAGGACAGCAUAAAGAUCAAGAUUAAGGAAGCAAAGCAGGCAAAAGCGGGUGAUGAAAAAACAGACUCCUCAAACUUCGCUGGCGAAGGCAAUCCAACAGCUUUCGAGUACCUCCGCAAGCCACAGCAAUUCAGCCUCAAGCUUGACAGCAAGGGCUUCCUCAUCCUCAAGUCGGAGGUCAGGCCUGACUUGACCACCAUGCUCCGUUCUGAAGUGGUAGAUCUGUUGAGGCAGCGUGUUCUCUAUGAUGGUAAUGACAUACUCAUCCUGGACAAGCCAUAUGGCAUGAUCUGCCAUGGAUCUGCAAAAGGUGUCCCCGAUGCUCAUGUGCUUGUUCGCCUGCUACCAGACCUGGCGUCUGCUCUCUAUCCUAAGGAGGAUGUCAAGCUGUACACUGUGCAUCGCCUCGACCGUGAUGUCACGGGCACCAUCGUGCUGGCCAAGACGCAGAAAAUGGCAGAUGUGUUGCAGACAUUGUUUGAGGAGCACAACAUCAUUAAGACCUACCAGGCCAUCACAUUCGGGGUACCUGACAAUGAUCAAGCGACAAUUGACAUGCCUUUGGCUGAAGGAUCCGUUGGUUCUGCUAAACGGAUGGUAAUCUGCCCGAAACUGGAGCCAGAGUUUCAGCGACUGGUGCCGAAGUUCUCAAAGACUUAUGAGGCCGUCACACACUAUCGCGUGUUGAGCUCCCAUGGCAGAGCUGCCUACCUUGAACUGAAGCCUGUGACCGGUGUCAAACACCAGAUCCGGGUGCACCUGGGGUUUGGUCUCCGCUGUCCAAUCCUGGGGGACCACAAGUACUCACACCUGAGACACCUGGGUCCACAGAAACUUUCCGGAGACAUAUUGACCAGGCUGAAUGUGCGACAGACCAAAGUGAGGCACAUCCCCAUGCACCUUCACUCCUGUUCAGUCCUGAUUCCCGAGAUCUUGGAUGGCAGGAAUUUAUUUGUCACAGCAAAACUUCCAUACCAUUUUGUGCAGAACCUGAAGCGUCUCAACCUCCACAGACAUAAAUAACCAAUGAACCUUUUUUAUUGUAUACGCAUUUAGUUUUGUUCAUCGGACUGUAGAAGCACAUUAGUAUUCAAUUACUCAAAAUAUUUGUCGAACACAGUGGCUAAGGUAGAGUCACAAGGCUUGUUGCUACAGGUAAGCAGAAGCUGCUAGCUGUUUGUGGCACUGUCAUCCCAAGGCAUUUGUCUAGUGCUUUGGCUCUUCAUCUUUCAUUCAUUAUAUUGAAUUUCAUCAAUAAAAUAAUCUUUAUUGUCAUUAACAA